AUGGGUAUUGACAGUGGUUUCACAAACAAAAUUUCAAUGUCUCACCAGCACAAAAAUGACCACAAAGACGAGCAAAAGCCUCUAAUUUUUGAUGCCUCUGUGCUUCGUCAUGAACCCAACAUACCAACCCAGUUCAUAUGGCCAGACCACGAGAAGCCUAGCGCCACAGCACCAGAACUUCCGGUACCUCUCGUCGACUUAGUAGGAUUCCUCUCCGGAGACCCUGUGGCGGCCACUGAAGCCUCGAGCCUCGUCGGCGAGGCUUGUCGAAAGCACGGUUUCUUUCUGGUAGUCAAUCAUGGUGUUGACGCCGGUCUCAUUUCCGAUGCUCAUCGGUAUAUAGACUCGUUCUUUGACCUGCCACUUUGUGAAAAGCAAAAAGCUCAGAGGAAGGCUGGUGAGCAUUGUGGAUAUGCUAGUAGCUUCACUGGAAGGUUCUCCUCGAAGCUCCCGUGGAAGGAGACACUUUCUUUCAGAUACUCUGCAGAUGCGAACUCUUCCCAUAUUGUUGAAGAGUAUUUGGACACCCAAUUAAUCCAUUGGGUUCAUGCAAUGGGUAUUGACAGUGGUUUCACAAACAAAAUUUCAAUGUCUCACCAGCACAAAAAUGACCACAAAGACGAGCAAAAGCCUCUAAUUUUUGAUGCCUCUGUGCUUCGUCAUGAACCCAACAUACCAACCCAGUUCAUAUGGCCAGACCACGAGAAGCCUAGCGCCACAGCACCAGAACUUCCGGUACCUCUCGUCGACUUAGUAGGAUUCCUCUCCGGAGACCCUGUGGCGGCCACUGAAGCCUCGAGCCUCGUCGGCGAGGCUUGUCGAAAGCACGGUUUCUUUCUGGUAGUCAAUCAUGGUGUCGACGCCGGUCUCAUUUCCGAUGCUCAUCGGUAUAUAGACUCGUUCUUUGACCUGCCACUUUGUGAAAAGCAAAAAGCUCAGAGGAAGGCUGGUGAGCAUUGUGGAUAUGCUAGUAGCUUCACUGGAAGGUUCUCCUCGAAGCUCCCGUGGAAGGAGACACUUUCUUUCAGAUACUCUGCAGAUGCGAACUCUUCCCAUAUUGUUGAAGAGUAUUUGGGUAACACAAUGGGUCAAGAUUUCUUACAAUUCGGGAGAGUUUACCAGCACUAUUGCAAUGCAAUGAGUAGACUUUCUCUUGGGAUCAUGGAGCUAUUGGGGAUGAGCCUUGGUGUAAGCAGAGCCCACUUCAAGGAGUUUUUCGAAGAGAAUGAUUCGAUAAUGAGGCUCAACUACUAUCCACCAUGCCAGAAACCAGAACUCACACUAGGAACAGGGCCCCAUUGUGAUCCCACAUCGUUAACAAUCCUCCACCAAGACACUGUUGGUGGUCUUCAAGUGUUCGUGGACAAUGAAUGGAGGUCAAUUGGUCCCAAUUUCAACGCUUUUGUUGUUAACAUAGGCGACACUUUCAUGGCUCUUGCAAAUGGAAGAUACAAAAGUUGCCUGCACAGAGCUGUGGUAAACAAUAGAACUCCUAGGAAGUCUCUUGCUUUCUUUUUGUGCCCAAAGAAGGAUAAGGUGGUGAGCCCACCAUCUGAAUUGGUGGACACCAAGAACCCUAGAAUAUAUCCAGACUUCACAUGGCCGACCCUACUCGAGUUCACUCAGAAACAUUACAGAGCCGACAUGAAUACCCUCCAAAGUUUCUCAAAUUGGCUUCAACAGAAACCAGCUGAAGUCUUAUAA